AUGGAUCAACAUAAUGAAAGGAAUGUCUCCAGACUAUGGAGGGCUUUCAGGACCGUUAAAGAAAUGGUGAGAGAUAGAGGGUAUUUUAUUACACAGGAGGAGAUUGAUCUUGCUCUGGACGACUUUAAAGCCAAAUACUGCGAUUCAAUGGGCAGGCCACAGCGUAAGAUGAUGUCUUUUCAAUCUAAUCCAACUGAAGAAUCUAUCGUAAAGUCUCCACAAAUGGGUUCAGUAUGGAUUGAAUUUUGCGAUGAGCCGAGUGUCGGUAUCAAAACUAUGAAAAAUUUUGUUAUUCAUAUUGGUGAAAAGAAUUUCCAAACGGGUAUAUUCAUAUAUCAAAACGGUAUCACUCCUAGUGCGUUGAAGCUGCUACCCUCUGUGGCUCCAGCUACUAUUGAAACUUUCAAUGAGGCAUCUUUGGUUGUUAAUAUUACUCACCACGAAUUGGUUCCCAAACACAUUAAAUUGAGUGAUGAGGAAAAGCGGGAGCUGUUAAAAAGGUACAGAUUGAAAGAGUCUCAGUUACCAAGAAUCCAGAGAAUGGAUCCAGUUGCAUUGUAUUUAGGAUUAAAGAGAGGUGAAGUAGUAAAGAUCAUUAGAAAAUCUGAAACUUCUGGUCGUUAUGCAAGUUACAGAAUCUGCUUGUAA